UUUUCCGAGCGGGAGGUGGCGUUUCGAAGAGGAGGGGUCAUUGGCGCCCCCGGAAGUGGCGUCCCGCUCAGCGCGAGCCCGGCGGAGGAGCGCCUCUCGGGACAGAGCGGGUGGCCCUAGGCUUAGUCGGGUCCCGCGGCUGGGGGUGAGGCGAGGAAGAAGAAAGGAUCCCCCAUGGUCUUCUCAUUUACAGGUUAAGGCUACCUUUCCAGAUAGUCCAACAGCUAAGUCACCAGUUUCCAAGAGCAUUUGCACCACCUAUGGAAAACAUCAGAUCCGUGCACACCAGACAGAUCCUUGGCAACUCAUCCCACCGUCUCCCUGCACAAAAGUUGCUGCACCAGCGGACAAAGAAGGCGACCACUGAGUUUCUUUUCAUUACCAAAUAGAUAUAAUAUCCCUGCCAACCAAAAAGAGUACACAAAGUGUCUCUUCAUAAUUUGACGACCAGUUGAGACCACGCUAAGAAAAUCAGCUUGCCUAGAUGAGGACCCCUUCUCUUCUUGGGUAGCCAGGAUUUCAAGGAGAGACUCUGACCUGUGACACUGGUAAGUGACUAACUUUUACACAGUGAACUGGUCCUGAGAACUGAGCUGUCUUCUUUGUAAGUGAAGAAUACACAACAUAAUCUUGAAGAACUGCACAGUGGUGCGAGCCAGAGGCAUACUGUGUGUGUGUAACAGACUGAGAAACAGACAAAUGAACCCUAUGGAGAGGAUUUCUCAUCUUUUUCUUCUAUUUGCCAGUGUUAGUGUUUUACUGGCUUAGAUUGUUACCUUCUUCUGGUAGCUUUUUUUCUAUACUGUUGCUCUAUUCUAAUGGGUCCUGGAAAUCCCUCUCCUGACCCCUUAUCAGAAUCAGAAAGUGAGGACGAGGAAAACGCUAACUACCUAAAUGAGAGUUCUGGGGAAGAGUGGGAUUCCUCUGAAGAAGAGGACCCUGUGGUGCCCAACCUAACACCUCUUGAGAGUCUUGCCUGGCAGGUUAAGUGCCUUUUAAAAUAUUCUACAACUUGGAAACCUUUAAAUCCUAAUUCCUGGUUGUAUCAUGCUAAACUCUUGGAUGCUAGCACACCAGUCCAUAUACUUCGAGAGAUAGGUCUAAGACUCUCGCAUUGCUCCCACUGUGUACCCAAACUGGAACCAAUUCCUGAGUGGCCUCCGCUGGCUUCUUGUGGAGUCCCACCUUUUCAAAAGCCCCUUAGGAGUCCCAGCCAGCUUUCUAGAGAGCAUGCCACUCUAAAUGGAGCCCUGCAAUUUGCCACCAAACAGCUAAGCCGAACAUUGAAUAGAGCCACUCCCCUACCUGAAUACCUAAAACAAAUUCCUAAUUCGUGUGUUUCUGGCUGUUGCUGUGGCUGGUUAACUAAAACAGUUAAGGAAACAACCCGCACGGAACCUAUCAACACUACUUACUCCUACACUGACUUCCAAAAGGCUGUUAACAAACUCCUAACUGCAUCGCUAGAAAGAUCCACCAUUCCUUCUCAUGUCUCUCGCGUUGCCAGUUGAGAAAGGGAAUACAUUUACACAGCCCACAGUUGAGAAACUGUCUUCUCCACCAAACUAUGCCCCGUCCUGAUAAACCAAAAAACAUGAUCAAGUGCUGAAUGUAUACCCAGGAGUCCUGUGUAUGGUGAGCGUUCCCUUUGAAAGACUGGACAAAAUGAGAACCUCAAUAGAGAAUAAGUCAAGAGGGACCUUAUUACACAAGAUAAGUUAACUAUUCUCCACACUUAGUUCUUCCCACAAUUUUCUCUGCCUGUCUAAUGGACUUAACUAGACACCUAAUUAUUAAUGGGAAGGAAAAGGAGGCCAUUACUCCAUUUGUUACCCAACCUUCAGAAUAGCCAAUGUGGAAAGUGGUUAGCUACUCCCAAUAACACCUUUCUGAGCAUGCCUUUCUCUGAUAUUCAUUUCUAAGGAGGUAGUUGAAUUAAAUUGAAUAACUAGAUAAGAGAAAAUGCUGGGAAUAUAGAUGUAUCUCCCAGUUUUUAUAUUGGUAAACCUACAUAUGGCGCUCUUUAGGGGUUCCUGUUCUAGGGGGAGGGAGUGCACCAGUGUAGUAGUAGCCUAUGCUACUCCAGACCUAUAGUGGGACACGCAGUUACAGCAUAAACACAGGCUCCCAGCAGGCUGUCUCUAGCUAAACCGGCUUAUAAGGUCAUACAUGGGGAUUAAACAGACACUGUUCUAUAGGGAAUAUAUUUCCUGCAUCUUGGCAUCCAGACUUUAGUCAAGAGUGAAUAAAACCCAUUCCAAAAGACCAAUGGGAAAAAAUUGAGAGCAUUUAUGCUAAUGGAUUAAAGUAUUUCAUCAGUAUGAUGUCUCCUGGAGCAGUAUGUCAUGCACUUUCCACAUCCAUUGCAAACUUUUCAGGAACGCUUCUAACUUUAAAGAACCUUACUGCAGAAAAUCUCAGCCUGAUACACAACCUGAAGUUGAAGAGGUUUUUAGCAUCGUUUUUCUACAUCUAGCUUUAGGUUUUUUUUUCUCUGGCUGAAUAGAAAGUGUAUGUACCCUUGUAAAUGAGUCUUGCUGUGUUUAUUUAGACGAGUCAAAACAUAGAAAUCAACAUACAUAAAAUGCAUGAGACCAGUAAGUCUUUUCACACACCUUCGAUGAAGAGUGAAACCUUUGUGUGGUCCCGGUUGGCUGGGCAUCUGAAGGGAAUCAGAAAAUAGAUUGUUAAAGAUAUAUAUCCUUCCUUAUUUUAGUUUUGCUUUUUCCUAUUCUUCAUAAUCAAGUGCUAUAUGCAGUGUGACAUCAAAAAAUUGAAGCAUUAAUGGAAUCACAAAUUCUAUAAAUGUAUAGCAACUUUAAGGAGAGAGAAGAAUGUUUAUAACCUAAUGAAUAGUUUCCACUGAGACUUAGUUAUCGCCUCUUAAAAAAAAGGAGGGAAUUGUAGAUAGAAAAAAAUAUUUGUUAAUAGAAAAUUAUUGAAUUGAAACCUUAUAAUGUUAGUGUAACAAUGUAUCAGUAACUGUUCCUAUGUAGAUAUUCUAUGAAAUUGGUUUUUAAAAUGUUACAAAAACAUGUUUCUUUUUUUUAAAGGGGAAGGUGGGAAGAGGUAGGGAGGUCUGAAAAUUAAAAUAUGUUGAUGUUUAUGUAACCAUAAUAUGUUCCUUUUUCUGUGUGGGUGUGGGGGUGUGUGUGUGUGUGUGUGUGUAAAAGUGCCUUGUUCAUGAACACAUUUUUGCUGUUCAUUCCAAAAGGAAGCCUUUCCCCAGCUUCUCCGCUGAAUAAACUGGCAGUUUUGUA